AUGAACACCCCACGAACCAGCGGCAACGAUUUCUCCAAGAAAUCACGAGUCAAGUUGAACGAGCGCUUCUCGAGACUUCGAGUCAUUGUCGAAAAGCGUUUUCCAGAGAUUCACGACUGGAACAGAUUCCGCAUUCUCGACGCUGCCAUUGCCUUGCUCGGCGGUAAGCCACUCUCUGCCAACCCCACAGAGCGUCGGACUGCCAUGAACAACCAAGAAGCCUGCGCGUAUUACAGAAACAAGCUCAAGAACUGCUUCGAAAUCCUCAAGCAAACGCUCGACACCGAAGGCUUUAUCAGCGCUGGAACAACUCGUCAACUUAACACUCGAGCAGGAUUGCUGGAGUUUACGAUCGACUGCCUCGUCACAAAGUUCGGCGAGCCCGACGAAUUGAGAAUCGAUUUUUUGCCAACUCCUAUCGUCCGAAGAUCACCCAAGAAACGACGCUCCACUGACUCUUGCGAAUUUACUCCUCCAGCUAAACGACCCUCAUCAAUCAACUUCACUCCCUCGCCAGCUUCUUCAUCUUCUGGCUCCCUUCAGCUCUCUCCCGAACACGAGCAGCUCCUGCAGAAACUGCGAAUCGCAUAUUUCUUAUCUAACCUUUCUGGCAAAACUGCAUUCAACCCUGCUCUUGACUUGAACAUCUGGCGCCCAUGGUGA